CACAGACAUACAGACCCGCUAUCCCGCCACACACACUGACGGACACACACACGGACACACACACUGACGGACACACACUGACGGACACACACGGAGCGGGACUGAGCGGAGCUGCGCCCCGGACAGGAGCACUGAUGACCGUUGGACGAUGGGACGUCUCAUGUUCCUGAACAAGCUCUGUUAACCGAAGGAAACCGAAGCGUCUCUGGCAGCGGCAGCACGACGAGUUGUGUAGAGUCAGAGCUCACAGGUUGCUGAAGGACACGGGUCGUCAUGCAGACUAUAAAGUGUGUGGUUGUGGGCGACGGCGCUGUGGGGAAGACCUGCCUCCUCAUCUCCUACACCACCGGAGCUUUUCCCAAAGAGUACAUCCCCACUGUGUUCGACAACUACAGCAGCCAGGUGACGGUGGACGGCCGGAUCAUCAGCCUGAACCUGUGGGACACGGCGGGUCAGGAGGAGUACGACCGGCUGAGGACGCUGUCCUACCCGCAGACCAACGUCUUCGUCAUCUGCUUCUCCAUCUCAAGCCCCGCCUCCUACGAGAACGUCAAGCACAAGUGGCAUCCAGAGGUGUCCCACCACUGCCCCGGCGUUCCCAUCCUCCUGGUCGGCACGAAGAGCGACCUCCGGAAUGACGCUGAGACUCAGAAGAAGCUGAAGGAGCAGAACCAGACGCCCGUCACCCACCAGCAGGGCGCCGCUCUGGCCCGCCAGAUCCAGGCGGUGCGCUACCUGGAGUGUUCGGCCCUCAACCAGGACGGCAUCAAGGACGUGUUCACUGAAGCCGUGAGGGCCUUCCUCAACCCACAGCCCACCGUCAGCAAGAAGCUCUGCGUCCUGCUGUAGGACCGCUCAGAGACUGGUCCGAGGAUUCACGUUAAAGAUGUGUUUGGAGAGUUUUAUCUUGUAAUUAAAAAAAGGGAAGGUUUGAAUGGAGGAGGAGCUGAAAACAUGUCAACUGUCCACCUUAGUCCGUAACAGGAUGAACAUCAUGACUGAGGAUCUGAGUUCAGAUCAGGGAUUUGAAGUUAAUUUUUCCAACUGAAAAUCUGCACGAAAAUUAAAUUCAAACUAGAAACACCCUCACUUAGUUUCUCUACAAGUUCAAGUUUAAUUCUCCUUCAGAUUUUACAAAGACUCCUGCAGAUUAAAGUGCUUUUAUGUUGCUUUUCAAACACUGAACCAGAUCAUUCCAUUUGAAAUCAUCACGUUUUUAGCAGAUAUUCAUUUAGAUUGGCCUGAAUUUUUUAUAGAACUAAAGUAUAGAUAUUAUUAAUUAUAUAUGUGAAAUACUUUACGAGAUAUAGUUUAUUUCUUUUUCUAAUUUACAGUCAAUCCACUUUCAGCAGUUGUUUGUAAAAAUCUGAGGCUGUUUGAGCAACAAUAUCUUCGGAGCUAUUAAAGAUAAAAGCCUGAAUAUUUCAGUGUAGUUUCUCAUCACGCCAAUGACUGGAAAUCUGCACUAUAUAAAUACACAAGUACAUCAAAUAAGAGCUCAUGUUAGCAAAAUAAAUUACUCAUAUGUGGCUGCACAUUACAAUAAUACAAAACUAAACAUAUAGAAUAGUUUUAAAUAUGAAAUACUUGAUGACAAAAAUGAAAAAUAAAGUUAUUUUAUUAAACUGAGGUGGACAAGUUGUUCCACAAAAAACUUAAAUACAGGUAGAUAGUCUGAGUUCUGGAGUUUCUCCAAAUAUAACUCUGAAAAUCGAUGACAUUAAUAUAAACUACAUUGAAAAUUUCAGGGUUUUGGAUUUAAUAGCUUCUGAGAUAUUCAAAUUCAAAUUUCAAUGUAUGAAAAAACGCGCUAAACGUUGGCUGAUGGUUAAUUUAAUCCCGUCACACAGAGAAGAAAGUUCCUGAGAAUCCGUCUGUUUUGAAGUUUCCUUCAGUUUCUCGCUGAUCCACUGAUAUUUGUUCAUACAUCCAGAAACACUGCAAAUAGGAGCUGCUCAUCGUCGAUUCUGCUGCUUUCAAUGUGACUAAAAGUAAACAGAAACAGAUUAAAAACAAGGCUGAAGUUGUGCCUCACACUGAAAAAACUCUGGAUCUUUAUGGCUGUACAACAAAAUGCAUUCGUGCAAAUAUUUCGAUUGAUUCAGAUGAACGAUCUGAACUGUUUUCAGAUGAAUCUGGGGGUCAGACAGGGACCAGAUCUGUUAUUUUAAACAAAUAUAGAGUUUUAUUAUUGAUACUGAGAAUGUUGCUUAACUGCACAGAGAGUUUACAUGGAGAGUUGUGGCAACUUUUAGAGAUCAAACGCUGCAAAUAAAAACUUUAAAAUGCACUGAAAGUAGGUAGAGAGAUAAAAACGGUUUCAAGUUUGAACACAAAAAGAUCAAUCAUGUUCUCAGUGUGGAAAUCAGACAAUCAAAUGUACGGAAGAAGCUUCGACAGACUUUUUAGAAUCCUUGAAUUUUAGAACAGCGUUCAAAAUGCAGUCCCUCCAGGAAUUCACGAUGUUGCAAUCGCAAUAAUUAACGCGCAAUUUCAACCAAUCUCCGUGAAUUCUGCACGACUUUGCAAUUUUGUCCAUCACAUCGCAACUGUUAUGCAAUUUUUUCCCAGCCUUCCGUGAGUUCCACCAAUCAUAGCGGUCCCCACAGCGCCGCAAAUUUCAUCACAACAAAUACGCUUAAAACAUUGCAACUUGCAUCGCAAUUUUUUAGAAAAGCUGCUGUGAAUUCAGGCAAUUUAGGCCGCAACAAUCUGGAAAAAAAAGCUCGCGAAAUCCCGGUGGGACUGAAAAUCAGAGUUUCGAGGAAAAAAAUGAAUUCUAAGUUUAAAAUCAGGAUUUUGGGUUUAAAGGUGAAAAAAGUCAAAGUCAAAAUUCAGAAUUUACAUUAGGGAUUCAGAGGAAAAUGUCAGAAUUCUUGUGUUUUAAGUCAGAUUUCUGAUUUUAGAUUCUGACUUUAAACUGGAUUACUGAGAAAAAUGCCCGAAUUCUGGUUUUAAAGUCAGAAUUCUAAAUUUAAAAUCGGAAUUUUGUGGAAAAACAGCAGGAAAUCAGAAUUCAAAAUGACUAUUCUGAGAAAAAAGAAUUCUGAGUUUAAAUUCAGACUUCAUGGAAAAACGAGGAAAAUAAUUUACAACUGGAAUUCAGAGAAAUAAGAAUUUUUAUUUUAGAAAGAGAAUUCUAAGCUUAAAUGUCAUAAUUCUGAGUACAAAAUCUGAAUUUUAUGUUUUUUAAUUGUAUUUCUUUAUAAUUUAAUUUCAUCUCCAGGCUGAAAAUUCCUGUUCUGCCCUUCACCUAUAAUAUAAACUAAUAAAAAGUCAGUUUAAAAGAAUAAGGGAAAUGCCAUGCUUAAUGAGUGGGAAAUCAAAAAGAAGAAGAAAAGCCUUAAAAAUGAAGUUUGCAUAUGUUUGGUGGGGAAAAAAUCCAAAGAUAUAUGUGUGGAGUUUUGGUGAAAAAGCCUGUAUCUAAACAGAAACUUUGUGAAAAGUUGUGAAGUGAGACGAGUACAAAGAUCCAGUGACAUCCGGAGAAAAUGUUCGUGAUCUGCAAACCAGAAGCAAAAGACCAACAACUGCAAUAAAAAACUAACAUCUGGUUCUUUGAUAGGUCCAAACCUGUGUACAUAGAAAAGGCAAAAAACUAGAACUUCAGCAGGAAACAUCUAAAAGUCUAAAAACUCUGUCGUGUUAGCGGCCAACAAGAUCAAAACUGGACUUAUCUUAAUUUACUGUUUCUAGUUGGAACAGACAUCUCUAAACAAACAAGGGGGUCUUUGACACCAUUUAUCAGGUACUUAUAAUGCAGUCCUGAGGUUCCUCCACAGACAGUUUCACCACCAUGUGGGUCUCUGGUCUUCAACAGGACAUUAGCCAAGUGUUUGGGGGUAAAAAUAAACAUCUGGGACUCCCCGCCAGUCGGUUAGAACUGAAGAAGUUUCUUGGAUGAAGGUGAAACACUUUCAAGAACCAAUCCAGUAGCCUGAAGCCCUUUCACAACUGGCUCCUUCACAACUCCACAGGAUUUUUGUCGUUAGCCGCAAUGCUAGCACUGCUAAUCAUCUGAAGCAGCUCCUCCACUUGUAAACAUGAUUGAAAAUGUGAUUGUUUUUGUUGCAGAUUUAAUUUCCUGUAUUUUUAUUUAAAUGUGACAUAACAUUUAAAACAUGUUUCAUACAGUA